UCAUCCAUCAUCUAUCAAGCUCAUAAGCCAAAGACAGAGACAGAGAGAGACAGAGACACACGGACACAAACAUGGAUAGACAGGGACAAACCUGAGAUCCUUAUCACGAUCCCUUAUUCUUUAUCAUCUGUAAUAACAAACCCACGACGUUGGAAAAUAAUGGAAUAUUCCUCCACCCAAAUUUUCUCUCUCUAAAUCCAAACACAGACCACAUAAACACAGUCUUUCUCUCUCUAGAGCACAGCGUCCUCUUGAUUGAAAGCUAAGUUUCCCUUCCUAUACACACCUAGUGUGAAUGUCAAGAAAGCAUUAAAACGUUUACCCCAGAAAGUAUUUUUCAAGACCCAGCAAAACCUAUACCUCUGGUUCCUGAAUAUACACUCCCCUGUGUAUCAUCAUGACCGUUGCUGUUGUUGUUGUUUAUCUUGUCUGGGAAUUUUUGUGAUCUGGGUAUUUGGGUAUUGAUGGGCUUCGGCUAUUCUGCAAUGUGGGUUGUGUUAGAGCAUUUAUAGGCUCUCUGUGGAUGGUAUUUUUGGAUCUUGAAAGGCAAUGGCGUUGUUCAGGAAGUUCUUUUAUAAGAAGCCGCCAGAUGGACUUCUGGAGAUCUCUGAAAGGGUUUACGUGUUUGAUUGCUGCUUUACUACGGAUGUUUGGGAAGAAGAUGAAUAUAAAAUCUAUAUAGGAGGCAUAGUUGGUCAACUUCGUGAACACUUCCCAGAUGCUUCAUUCAUGGUAUUCAACUUCCGAGAGGGAGAAAGCCAAAGCCAGAUUUCUAAUAUACUGUCUGAGUAUGAUAUGACAGUAAUGGAUUAUCCUCGACAUUAUGAAGGUUGUCCGUUGCUUACAAUGGAGAUGAUCCACCACUUCCUAAGAUCAAGUGAAAGCUGGCUUUCACUUGGGCAGCAAAACGUGCUCUUGAUGCAUUGUGAACGAGGAGGGUGGCCAGUUUUGGCCUUCAUGUUGGCUGCACUCUUGAUUUAUAGGAAGCAGUAUACAGGGGAGCAGAAGACAUUGGACAUGAUUUACAAGCAAGCACCUCGGGAACUUUUGCAGUUGAUGUCACCGCUGAAUCCUCUUCCUUCACAGCUGAGGUAUCUCCAGUAUGUAUCAAGAAGAAAUGUGCGCUCAGAAUGGCCUCCACUGGAUAGGGCACUUACAUUGGACUGUAUCAUUCUGAGAUUCAUUCCUAAUUUGGAUGGAGAGGGAGGCUGUCGUCCAAUAUUUAGGAUAUAUGGCCAGGACCCUUUUAUGGCUGCUGAUCGCACUCCUAAAGUUUUGUUCUCCACUCCAAAGAGGAGUAAACUUGUUCGGCAUUACAACCAGGCAGAUUGUGAACUAGUGAAAAUUGAUAUCCACUGCCAUACACAAGGUGAUGUUGUUCUUGAGUGUAUAACUUUGGAUAGUGAUUUGGAACGUGAACAGAUGAUGUUCCGGGUCAUGUUCAAUACGGCAUUUAUAAGAUCAAACAUUUUGAUGCUCAACCGUGAUGAAAUUGACAUCUUAUGGAAUGCUAAGGAUCAAUUUCCCAGGGAUUUUAGAAUAGAGGUUCUUUUCUCGGAGAUGGAUGCUGGUACUUCUCUAAUUUCAAUUGAUUUGCCUGGCUUAGAGGAGAAAGAAGGCCUUCCUGUGGAAGCAUUUGCUAAAGUUCAGGAGAUUUUUAGCAAUGUGGAUUGGCUAGAUCCAAAGACAGAUGUAGCACUAAAUGUACUCCAGCAAAUCACUGGUUCAAAUGUCUUACAAGGAAAGUUGGACACUCUAUCUGCCCAAACUGCAGAAUCUGGUAGCUUGUUUCUGGAAUCAACUCCUGAAAAUAAAACAGAUUUUGAGUCAUCAGGAAAUAAUAUCAUGGGUCCUAAAUCUAUGAUUUCUAUGUCCUCUUUUGAACCAUCUAUAGAUUUAAAUUUAAUUAAAAAGAAGAUUGAACCCCGAGAACUGCAGGAUGAAAGCUCAAUUAGAAUGAAAAUAGAACCCCAAGGAAGGCAGGAUACAUAUUCAAUUGGAAAGACGGUCGAACCCCAAGGAAGGCAUGACAGAAAUUCAACUGGAGAGAAGAUUAAUCCGCAAGGGCUGCAAAAUGAAAGCUCAAACAGAAUGAAAGUUGAACCCCAAGGGAGGCAGGUUACAUAUUCAAUUGGAAAGACUGGAAGGAAGAUUGAACCCCAAGGAAGGCAUGAUACAUUUCCGAUUGGAAAGAUCAUUAAACCCCAGGAACUGCAGGAUGCAAGCUCAAUUGGAGUGAAGGUUGAACCCCAACAAACGCAGGACACAAAACCAAUUGGAAAGGAGAUUGAAUCCCAGGGACUGCAUGAUGCAAGCUCAAUUAAAAUGAAGACUGAACCCCAAGUAAGGCAGGAUACAAAUUCAAUAUGGAAGAAGAUUGGACCCCAGGAAGCUGAGAAGAAAACUGAAUCUCAAGUAAAGCAGGAUACAGAGGCAAUUAGAAAGAUUGUUGAACCCCAAGACUGGCAAAUUGCUUUCCAGCGGCCUACCCAAUCUAAGAUCAUUACUCCAAGAGUGCCUAAAACUUCUUUAUCUGCUCCAGUUUCAUAUAGUAAUUCCUUGCAGGGGUCACCUGUGCCCAUAUCAAGAUACCAUAGUGCACCAUCAGCCCUUGGCAUUACUGCUUUACUGCAUGAUCAUGCUGCAUCUAAUAGGGAAGAAGAAUCCUUGCAUCCUCUGAUUGUAUCACCACCUUCUCAUACUACUUCAGCUCCUAAUUUAACUCGACCUAGAUCCAUGCAGCCUGGAAAUAUGGGUGUACCAGUCCCACGACCACCACCAUUGCCUUUCUCAAUAGAUGCUCCUACAACGAGAAAGACAUUUGCAAUUCCUCUGCCUUGUCCUCCUCUGCCACCAUCACCAUCACCAACACAACCAACUGCAAAAGCUAUUCAUCAUCCUCAAACCUCAUUGCAGGGGAGAUGUCAGUCAGCACCAAUUCCUCCUCCCCCACCGCCACCUCCUUUGUCAGGGGCAUCAGUGUCUGUUCCUAUCAAGGGCUCAUCUCUAAUUCCCUCUCCCCCAAUUUUACCCCCUUCAUACACAGAAGCAUCUUCAUCUUCCUCUGUCACAAACAUAAUUUCAACUCCCUCGCCCCCUCCCCCUUCUUUCCCUCAAAAAUCUUCAUCAUCAGCUUUUAAAAACUCACUUUCAGCUCCGCCUCCGCCUCCUCCUCCCCCUCCCCCUCCCCCUUCUAGUUCAGUUGCAUCUCCCGAUCCUGUUUUGCUGCCUAAGAGCUCAAAUGUAAAAUCUGGUCCACCACCUCCUCCUCCCAUGCAUCCAGGUUCUGUCUCAAGUUCUAUGGUAACAUCUUCAGCACCACCACCACCUCCACCUCCACCUCCACCUCCCAUACAUCCUAUGGCUGGCACAAGUACCAAGGUAACAUCUUCAGCACCACCGCCACCUCCACCUCCAAUGCAUUCUAGUACCAUAGUAACAUCUGCAUCAUCUCUGCCACCUCCACCUCCUAUGCGUCCUACAUCUGGUCCAAGUUCCACUGUUACGUCUUCAGCACCACCACCACCUCCACCUCCUAUGCGUCCCACAUCGGGUCCAAGUUCCAUGGUAACGUCUUCAGCACCACCACCACCUCCACCUCCACCUCCUGUGCGUCCCACAUCUGGUCCAGGUUCCAUUGUAACAUCUUCAGCACCACCACCACCUCCACCCCCUAUGCGUCCUACAUCUGGUCCAAGUUCCAUGGUAACAUUUUCAGCACCUCCACCACCGCCUCUUCUUUUUGCAUCAAAGAAUUCUAUGUCUCAGAAUUCUGCAAAUGGUCCACCAGCACCACCUCCUGCCCCUCUUAUCAAUGGAGUGUUGAAAGCUGGUAGUGCCUCUGCAAAUCAGUCUGGAAUUGGCAAUUGCAAUGUUCCUUCAGUUCCUGGACCACCUUCUAGCGCUCUCCUUGGUUCAAAGGGACGGGGCCUAUCACGUGCAGGUCCUAGAAACCUGGCUCAAUCUAAAAAAUCUAAUUUGAAACCAUAUCAUUGGUUGAAAUUAACAAGGGCCAUGCAAGGAAGCUUAUGGGCUGAGACACAAAAAAGUGAUGAAGCUUCCAAGGCUCCAGAGUUUGACAUGUCAGAACUUGAGAGUCUUUUCUCUGCCGCUGCACCAAAUUCUGAGCAUGGAAGCACAGGUGGAAAAUCAAAUCGCCGGUCCUCAGGACCUAAAACUGAAAAAGUUCAGCUGAUUGAGCUAAGGCGGGCAUAUAAUUGUGAGAUCAUGCUUUCUAAAGUGAAAAUCCCUCUGCCGGAUUUAAUGAGUGCAGCUCUUGCCUUGGAUGAUUCAACUUUAGAUGCUGAUCAAAUUGAGAACCUCAUAAAAUUCUGUCCUACAAAAGAAGAGAUGGAAUUACUUAAGAAUUAUAGUGGAGACAAGGAAAACUUGGGAAAAUGUGAACAGUUCUUCUUAGAAUUGAUGAAAGUACCACGGGUGGAAUCCAAACUAAGAGUAUUCUCGUUCAAAAUACAAUUUUAUACCCAGGUUUCUGAUCUUAGAAAUAAUUUGAAUAUUGUCAAUUCUGUAGCGGAUGAGAUCAGAAAUUCGGUUAAGUUGAAGAGAAUAAUGCAAACGAUUCUUUCUCUGGGUAAUGCUUUGAACCAUGGAACUGCUAGAGGUUCUGCAAUUGGUUUUCGAUUAGACAGUCUCCUUAAACUGACAGAUACACGAGCCCGAAACAACAAGAUGACUCUCAUGCAUUAUCUUUGUAAGGUGCUUGCUGAAAAGCUUCCAGACCUUCUUGAUUUUCCAAAGGACCUUGUGAGUUUGGAGGCUUCAACAAAGAUCCAAUUGAAAUAUUUGGCAGAGGAAAUGCAAGCCAUUAGUAAAGGAUUAGAGAAGGUUGUCCAGGAAUUGUCUGCUUCAGAAAACGAUGGUGUUGUUUCUGAAAAUUUUUGCAAGAUAUUGAAGGAGUUCCUUAGUCAUGCUGAAGCUGAAGUCAGAUCUUUGGCUUCACUUUAUUCUAAUGUGGGUAGAAAUGCAGACGCAUUGGCUCUAUAUUUUGGUGAAGAUCCAGCUCGUUGUCCAUUUGAGCAAGUUGUAUCCACUUUGCUCAACUUUGUGAGGAUGUUUGUUCGGGCACAUGACGAAAACUGCAAGCACAUGGAAUUUGAAAGGAAGAAGGCCCAGAAGAAAGCUGCUGAACAAGAGAAGAUGAAGCUGUCUACUCCCCAGAAAGAUUCUCAACUCUUGGUACAAACUCCUGUCAAGAGUGGGAACAUCAAAUGAUACUUUCAUCGUUUCACCAUUUUCGAUUUGAUGGUUCAUUAAUUUAUUCGCUCAUGGAUGAGGCAUCUUAGAAGGAAGGAUAACUCUUACAAGUGGCACCACUGAUGCUGAUGACAUGAGAUUUUUUUUUUUUUUUUUUUUUUUUUUUACUUUUUUCUUUUUUCCGAUUACAGUAUUAAAUAGCAGUUAAUUCAAUGCUGGUCACGUACAGAUGAAUAGAAGAUCCACUUAAAGCAGGAUGCAAGAUUUUUGGUGCCUUGUUGGAUAAUGAGAAGCCUCUUGUAUGAUACCUUUUGUUGCAUAAAUAUCGGUCAUAGUUAGUUUUGGUUUUUCUUUCCUAUAUUUUUCUUCUUCUUUUUUUUUUUUUGUUUAGUUAAAUAGUUAUAUUAUUUCUUCUGUAAUCUGUAUAUCUUUUGAGAUUUAGGAAUGUAAAUGAUUAUAUAUAUAUAUAUAUAUAUAUCUUAAUCUUAUGAAGUUAGUGAGGAGCAAUUAAAAUA